UACACACAACAUCCUGUUAGCAGACAGCCGACAACUGAACCGUCUGAUAUGGAGCAACUACCAAAAGUAUUCCCCCUGAAAUGUGCAGUACAGAAGUACCUGUGGGGCAAGGUGGGAAUUGAUAGUGAGGUCGCCAAGCUGUCGUUGAGUGCAGACUCCACAUUUGAAGUGGAUGAGAAUUUGACAUAUGCAGAGCUAUGGAUGGGCACACAUCCCAAUGGUCCAUCCAGGAUAAUUUCAGGCUCAGGAGAUGCAGAUAUCGACUUAGGAGCUUGGGUUAAAAAAAAUGCAGAUAGUAUAGGCAAAGAUAUGGAGAAAGAUAAGAACUUGGCAUUCCUAUUUAAAGUUCUCUCUGUCAAAACAGCAUUGUCCAUUCAAGCACAUCCAGACAAGGUCCUGGCUGAAAAGAUACAUCAUGAAAAGCCUGACAUUUAUAAAGACCCAAACCACAAACCAGAAAUGGCCAUAGCUCUGACACCCUUCAAGGGACUUUGUGGGUUCAGACCAAUUACAGAAGUUGCUGGAUUUCUUAAAUAUAUUGAAGAGUUCCGUACAGCUGUGGGUGGUCAAUAUGUGGUGAAGCUGCUCACAGCAAGUAAAUGUAUGGACCCGAAAAUGCAUAGAGAAGCCAUGAAGGACUGCUUCACAGGGCUGAUGAAUCAGAAAAAGGAAACCAUCCAUACCCAGCUGAGCAGUCUGAUCAGCCACGUGGCACAGCUGGAAAAAGAGGGCAAAGACACCAGCGGGUAUGAGGCAGAUGUUCUAUUGAAGUUAAACAAAGAAUUCCCAGGAGAUGUGGGGUGCUUCGCCAUCUACUUCCUUAAUAUUGUCAACCUGAAACCAGGAGAAGCUAUGUUCCUCAGAGCUAGCUUGCCACAUGCCUAUCUGUCUGGAGACUGCAUAGAAUGUAUGGCUUGCUCUGACAACACAAUUAGAGCUGGGCUGACGUCUAAGUUACGUGAUGUUGAACUUUUGUGUGAGAUGCUAGACUAUACAAGCAAUACCGUGGCCCAAACCAAGUUCAGACCUAUUAAACGAGGAGAUGUGACCUACUAUAAACCAGAUGUUGAGGACUUCAUGGUGACUAAAGUCGAGGUGCCAGCUGACUGUACCAGUGGGGUACUUCACAGUAUAGACAGUGCUAGCAUCUGUAUCAUCAUUGAAGGUGACGGUCAGGCUUCCUCCAGCACAUUGGUCAAUGCCUUGGACUUAAGCAAGGGAUCCGUCUUCUUCAUCGCCGCUAAUGAGGAAGUCCAUCUCACAGUCAGCUCACAGGGAAUGCUGGUGUUCCGAGCUUCAUACAAUGUCAAGAUACCUUCGGCCUAAUCAACACAGCAGUCUCAUAACUACUUCUCUAACAAUAUAGGUCCCAAGAGGAUAGGGAGAAACUUCGGGGUCUCCUCCCAAACCCAACUUACAAAACCUACAAAAAGUAGUGUGGUUUUCGGUUAUUUUCGAUUUUAAUAUAUUUUUUUCAUAUAUUUUUGAUGUCUUGUAAUCUCAAUUUUAUAGAUUUAUUUCAAAGGGCCAAAUUCUUACUGCCUUAAAACCUCUGGAUCAAUCUGCAAUGACAAAGAAGGAGCAGAUUUAAAUAUAUUGUAUUGAAUUCUAAUAUUUAAAAUGUAUUGAGUUAUAACAGUAGGGGACUGAAUCAGUGUGACAAGAUGGGCUGUAGAAAUGGUUCUGUCAUACAAGUAAGGUUGAUAGAUAAAGUGCUAACAUAUACUACCUGGUUCAAACAAAAUAAACGAUUCUGGUCUUAUUACGAUCUAUUGUAGGUUUCCAUUGUUUCCGGUUUAAAAAAACAGAAUUAGGUCUUUUCCAGUUGUGAUUAUAUUGGUAGUAGUGGGGCCCCCUGUCCCUUCAGUUUAUAUUUAUAUCUGGAAUAGCACUUACAAACGUAUCACCAUAGAUGGGAGAUGCUCUAUUGUUUGAUUAAUGUUGAGCUGUUUGAAAUAGAUAUAGUUAUAUUAACAUGCUUUAUUUAGGUACAGUCAUGUACUAGAUAUUAUGUGCAAUUUGCUUGUUGUCAAAUCAUGUUUUGCUUGUGAGUAAUGUACAAGGGUUUGUGUUUAUGCCAUCGCCAUAUCCGUUUAAAUCAUAAAAUGUUUCAUAAUUCUCUUUGAACAUUGUAAACUUUGAAAAGGUCCCAAUUUAUGACACAUGUAGUGCUAACUCUUUUUAUGAUAUUUAAUGAUAGAUUCCUGGUACAGGAUUUUGUAUCCUCUACACUAGACUCAAAACAUAACAAUUGUAGUAUAAAUAUAGGAUCUUACAUGAGUUUCCAUUUCAUAUGAGAGUCUAAGAAUUUUUCAAUUUAGCGAGCCUCUAAA